AUGGGAGGUCAGAUAACAAGAAAUACAUUGUACGGUAAGGAUAUUUGACAUUUGAGGGGGAGGUAGCCUAUAUUCGAUUAUCGAUUGCAUAUGUUUAGCAAUAAUAAAAAUGUUGCUGAUGCUGAUGGGAUAGGCUACAAUGAAAACCUAGAGGCAAAAAUUGCAAAAUUUGAGGAUGAUUAUAAGUUGAUUGUUAACUGGCAGUUUAUCCCUUACAAAAAUAAAUUAGUCAGCAAGAAAAUGAGUUAAAGUAUUAUGAAUGCUCUAGCUAUGACUUGUGUUCUUUUUUAUGUUAGAUGCAUGCUAACGUUAUCACACAAUUAUAGCAAUGCAAUAUUCUGGUAUGUGCAGCAACGUGAAUGUUCAAGAAUCAACUUCAUAUUUGCAUUGUUUCAAAUUGGCUGAUGGUAUUUAUAUUUCUUAUUUUCUUAUCUGCUACAUAUUUUCUUCGGAUGACAACUUUUGGUUAAGUAUGUCUGGGAUGAUUGAGCCAAAUAACUGGACAUUGAAUAUAACGGGUUAUCAAUGUGGAGAAAUGGUGUUCCUUAAUUAUUAUUAUUAUGAUUUAAAUCGUUUACCUUGCCUAGUAUUUGUAAACAGUGUGCCUCUCAUUGACUGCCCAAGUGUCCAAUCAGUUGUCUGAUACUCCACAAAACCAUAUGCAUUGACAUAACUAAUCUAAUUAAUCAUGUUAAUUACUCUAAAUGAAUACAUGUGUAGUCUGCAGUUCUACUCUGAUCAUGGCCUCAUGGUGUACUAAAUCGUAUUUGUUUUUUUGUCCCUUCUUGUCCCUUUUUGUCCCUUGUCAGAUAGAUCUCUAUGAUGAGGAUAUAAUAAGAGGUUCAAAACUUUUAUAAACAUCAAAUCAUAUUUUAUUGGUCUCAUACACAUAUUUAGCAGAUGUUAUUGCGGGUGUAGCAAAAUGCUUGUAAAUGUCUAUCGGCGCCAUCUUGGUGAACAUCACAAACAGCUUUCCUAGCUAUGCAAUCCAUCUUUCCUGGCUAUGCAAUGAUACAGAGAUUACGUGUGUGCAAUGUACAGUAUAUGGUAUACUUAAGCAAUAAGGCAUGAGGGGGUGUGCUAUAUGGCCAAUAUACCACGGCUAAGGGCUGUUCUCAUAUACGAUGCAACGCGGAGUUCCUGGACACAGCCCUUAGCCGUGGUAUAUUGGCCACAUAUCACAAACCCCCGAGGUGCCUUAUUGCUAUUAUAAACUGGUUACCAACGAAAUUAGAGCAGUCAAAAUAAAUGUUUUGUCAUACCCAUGGUAUAAGGUCUGAUAUACCACGGCUGUCAGCCAAUCAGCAUUCAGGGCUCGAACCACCCAGUUUAUACUUUACAUUAGACCUCACAGGUAGGAGAGGUCUAUUAGAAAUGUGAAACUAUAGUUGUGUCAGCCAGGGUAGUAUACAUACCCUAGGCUUCCCAGUGGCCUUAGGCAGCUAGAUGCCCUUAGAGUCAUAUCUAGGACCAUCUUACCCAAACCCAGUUAAACCUUGACCAUCAGCACGUCAAAUGUAAAACCGACAUUAGAUUAGUGCUUAGGGCCAACCUCCACCUGUCCCUUUCAGAGAUGACACAUUGUGACAACCAAGCUGCUGUAACACACUUGCCCUGUGCUCUCCAGGGCUGCUGCCGCUGAGCUUUUGUCCCACAUUAGCGGGCCACUGAGCCCUGAUGCUAACGUAAUGUCAAGCCUGGAAAAAAGACUCCAGAACGGGGCAGCGGGGCUGCGGGCCAGGUGACACUGCCUAUGGCUGUCUCUGGCUCUGUCUAUCCAGUCUUCACUGUUUGGUUGCCCUGACCAAUCAAUGACGAUUGAGCUCUAAGCAAUAUUCCCCUUCCUUAACCUGCAUGCUGGAUGCUUGUCGUGGCGUUUCUCUUUAUCAUGCCCAGUCUCUGCUCAAUGUGAAGUUUGACAUCUCUGUCCGGUUGCAUUGCUCUCAAGAUAAACACUACCGGUCAAAAGGUUUAGAACACCUACUCAUUCCAGGGUUUUUCUUUAUUUUUUACUAUUUUCUACAUUGUAGAAUAAUAGUGAAGACAUCAAAACUGUGAAAUAACACAUAUGGAAUUCUGUAGUAACCAAAAAAGUGUUAAACAAAUCAAAAUAUAUUAUAUAUUUGAGAUUCUUCAAAUAGCCACCCUUUGCCUUGAUGACAGCUUUGCACACUCUUGGCAUUCUCUACACCAGCUUCACCUGAAAUGCUUUUCCAACAGUCUUGAAGGAGUUCCCACAUAUGCUGAGCACAUGUUGGCUUCUUUUCCUUCACUCUGCAGUCCGACUCAUCCCAAACCAUCUUAAUUUGCUGGUUGAGGUAGGGGGAUUGUGGAGGCCAGGUCAUCUGAUGCAGCACUCCAUCACUCUCCUUCUUGGAGAGCCUGGAGGUGUGUUGGGUCAUUGUCCUGUUGAAAAACAAAUGAUAGUCACACUAAGCCCAAACCAGAUGGGAUGGAGUAUCGCUGCAGAAUGCAGUGGUAGCCAUGCUGGUUAAGUGUGCCUUGAAUUCUAAAUAAAUCACAGACAGUGUCACCAGCAAAGCACUCCCACACCAUAACACCUCCUCCUCCAUGCUUUAUGGUGGGAAAUACACAUGCGGAGAUCAUCCGUUCACCCACACCACGUCUCACAAAGACACGGCGGUUGGAACCAAAAAUCUCCAAUUUGGACUCCAGACCAAAGGACACAUUUCCAUUGGUCUAAUGUCCAUUGCUCGUGUUUCUUGGCCCAAUCAAGUCUCUUCUUCUUAUUGGUGUCCUUUAGUAGUGGUUUCUUUGCAGCAAUUCUAUCAUGAAGGCCUGAUUCACACAGUCUCCUCUGAACAGUUGAUGUAGAGAUGUGUCUGUUACUUGAACUCUGUGAAGCAUUUAUUUGGGCUGCAAUUUCUGAGGCUGGUAACUCUAAUGAACUUAUCCUCUGCAGCAGAGGUAACUCUGGGUCUUCCAUUCCUGUGGCGGUCCUCAUGAGAGACAGUUUCAUCAUAGUGCUUGAUGGUUUUUGCGACUGCACUUUCAAAGUUAUUGACAUUUUCUCUAUUGACGAUUGACUGUAGUUUCUCUUUGCUUAUUUGAGCAGUUCUUGCCAUAAUAUGGACUAGGGCUAUCUUCUGUAUCAACUGAUUGGCUCAAACGCAUUAAGAAGGAAAGAAAUUCCACAAAUUAACUUUUAAGAAGGCACACUGGUUAAUUGAAAUGCAUUCCAGGUGACUACCUCAUGAAGCUGGUUGAUAGAAUGCCACAGGUGUGCAAAGCUGUCAUCAAGGCAAAGGGUGGCUAUUUGAAGAAUCUAAAAUAUAAAAUAUAUUUGAUUUGUUUAACACUUUUUUGGUUACUACAUGAUUCCAUAUGUGUUAUUUCAUAGUUUUUUACAAUGUAGAAAAUAGUAAAAAUAAAGAAAAACCUUUGAAUGAGUAGGUGUUCUAAAACUUUUGACCAGUAGUGUACACAGAGAACCUCUGUGCCGUCGAGGAGGUAGGCACCGACCUUCUCAGACAAUACAAUGUAAUGCUUAAUUUAAAUAAGCAUAAAGAAUUCAAAUCUAUCAAUGUGGCAGCAGUAAGCACAAUGCAUUUGGCAUUUGUGAGGUCUUUUGUAAACACAUUUUGGACCUUGAGUCAACCAAAAGUGUUUGUUUUGUAUGUUCUGGCAUGUCAUACAUUAUCAUUUGUUAGGCCAGUGGUUGAAUACAAUACACCCUUUUAUGUUGCCAUCAAACAUAAUGUGACAUGAUAAAAAAAAUAUGGUUACUUGAUUUAUUAUGACUUUAUUUAGGACCAUUGUUGUACAUAAAGAACCAUUCAUCAUUUUUCUGUAGCCCAGGCACAGACAUGUGAAUACCUCAAGUCAGUAGUGUAUACUCUAACAAAUAAGAUGUACUUUUCCUAUGCCAGAUUAGCCUGAACAAUUCAUUGGAGUUCUCUUGGCAGCCAUAAUCUAAAGGAGUUUCAACAAUGGAGAAAAUAACUCUGUAGAAACACAUGACAAAUUCUGUGCUGCAUUAUUUUUGGUUAAUUUCCUGGUCAAAUGUCUUAUUCAAAUGAGGCUAUUAUGUACAUCCAUGGAUAGAUACGAGUUUAACCUAUGCAUAAUAUUCCUGUCUUGAAAUUGAAGUGACUGCAUUCGCAGAAGCCCCAUGAUGCUCUGUUGCCAAUGUAAGCUGCCUAAUUGAAAUGUCUCCUGGGUACACUGAAAAGCUCUUGACCCCUAGAGGUCAUGAGCAAUAAUAAGAGAUUAGGCUAGGGAUACUCUCUCUCUCUCACACUCACUCACACACACACGCACCCCUCUUAAUUAGGCAAACGUGCUCCUCUAGUUUUAGAUCCUUAGACCUUUUGCUUUUUAGUGCAGUGACCUGGUGACAGGCCAGUGUUGACCUGCUCCCAAACCUCUACUGGUUUAUACUGUACUGUAGGUUUGUGAAGGACAGGUAUUUGUGAUAUUACCUAUUAUCUUAAUAUUAUUAUAUAUUAUAAAAUAUUAUUUGUGAAUGUUAAUUUGACAAUCAGCUAAGUGCAAGUCAUAAAAUAACAUUAGGUUAUUCCCACACAAUUGUCUGUUGAAUAAGUCAUUAUUUGUGAUGAUCUCACCAGAAAUAUCUCCAUGACAACUCAAUGUCCUUGGCAUUGUUGUAUUGCUUUGAAGGGAGAUGUGAAAAUGUAAAUGAGGAAAAGGAGAUUAGGAUAACCAAGGGGAGUAGCCUAACUGUUGAUUUAGCGCUUACAGUGGCACAAACCACGCCUUAUCAGUCUACAAAAAGGCAGAUGUGAGAAAAGUAGAUUUGGAGUCAAUUAGAGCUGCAUUGAAGGAUGUAUGUGUAGGAGCUGUUUAUUACCCAUUAUGCAUUCUUUGGUAUUUACUACAAGUCAGAUACAUCCUAAAGUAGCUUUGUAGUCGUUUUUUCCGUGUUAUGCUAUUCUUUGACCCUCUGUAACUUUCUCACUCAUUAUUAUUCACGAUUAUUUCAGAAUGAUCCGUAAUCAUGGUAGCAUCCACAUGAAUGUAGAAGUGUUUAGAAACAUAUUAUAUUCUUAUUUGCAAUAAAAGUGACUCCAAAAUGACACAAUACAUUAUUUACCAUUCAUUUCUGUUGGGCACAUAAUUAUCUGAAACACAACCAAAACUAACUGCAAAUGCAUCCAACAUGUUUGUAGAGUCACACGCUUGCUGUAGUCAUUGCAUGCUAGGAAUAUGGGACCAAAUACUGCAUUUCUGACUACUUUAUUUAUAAGAAUCUUUAGGGGUGUCAAUAAUUUUGACCCCUACCUUUUUGAGAUAAAUUAUUACUUGAUAAACAAAAUAUCUUUCUCUGAGCAAUUGUAUUAGUAUAAACUAUAAUUUCCCCCCAAAAAUGUAGCAUACGAUAUAGCUCAUUAUUUGAAUUAUUUAUUUUAGACAGUCAUUAUUGCUCAUCUUUAUCAAGCGUGUCAAUAAUUGUGGACCCCACUGUAUAUAUUGUUGAUAUAUUCAAGAUAUAUUCAAGACUCAAGAUGAAACCAGGGCUAUAUCUUUAACCAAAGCCUAAAGGAGUGUGUGUGUUUGUGUGUGUGUGUGUGUGUGUGUGACUGUUUCUGUGUCUGUGUCUGUGUCUGUGUCUGUGUGUCCACAGGCGUGGAAGGAAGCUAAAGUAAUUUCACUGCCUAAAAAUAGUAAAGCACCCUUUGCUGUCUCCAACAGCCGCCAAUCAGUUUGCUGCCUGUUCUUAGUAAACUGAUGGAGAGAAUUGUGUUUGACCAAAUACAAUGCUAUUUUUCAGAGAACAAGUUAACUACUGACUUUCAGCAUGCAUAUAGAGAAGGGCACUCAACGUGUACUGCACUGACUCAGAUGACUGAUGAUUGGUUAGCAUAAAUGGAUAAUAAGAUGAUAGUUGGAGCUGUAUUGUUAGAUUUCAGUGCAGCCUUUGAUGUUAUUGAUCAUAAACUGUUAUUGAAAAAAACUCACUUGUUAUGGAUUUAAAUCACCUGCCAUCACAUGGUUGGAGAGUUAUCUAUUCAAUAGAUCCCAGAGAGUGUUCUUCAAUGGAAGCUUCUCUAAUAUCAGAUAUGUACAGUGCGGUGUCCCUCAGGGCAGUUAGCUUGGGCUGUUACUCUUCUCUAUUUUUUACAAAUUAUUUGCCACUGGUGUUACACGAUGCUAGAAUGACUAUGUAUGCGGAUGAUUCCACACUCUACAUGUCAGCACCAAAAGCCAGUGAGCUCACUGAAAUUCUAAAUAAGGAGUUACAGUCAGUAUCAGAAUGGGUGAUUAAUAAUAAACUGGUCUUAAAUACAAUGCCUUCAGAAAGUAUUCACACCCCUUGACUUUUUCCACAUUUUGUUGUGUUACAGCCUGAAUUUAAAAUGGAUUAAAUGUAGAUGUUUUGUCACUGGCCUACACACAAUACUACAACUAAAAGCAUUGUAUUUGUUUCAAAACAUUCCCUAAGAUCUAAAUCUCAACGGUUGCUGUUCUGAUGUCCAGCAGCUCUUUUCAGGCAUAGGAAAUAAUUUUAUAAACACAAAAUAGCAGAAUUGGUCAGGAGCCCGUAAAAUGGCUGCUGUUCAUUGCAGUGUCAAUCUCCAUGCAGCACUGGUCUCUCUGCUACAGCACCGCAACCGGUACCUAUGCACCAAGUCUACCUAUGCACCUUAUUUACAUAAGUAUACAGACCUUUUGCUAUGAGACUUGAAAUUGAGCUCAGGUGCAUCCUGUUUCCAUUGAUCAUCCUUGAUACAACAUGAUUGGAGUCCACCUGUGAUAAAUUGUUGCAGUUGAUUGGACAUGACUUGGAAAGGUACCUGUCUAUAUAAGAUCCCACAGUUGACAUUGCAUGUCAGCGCAAAAACCAUGAGGUCGAAGGAAUUGUCCGUAGAGCUCAGAGACAGGAUUGUGUCGCAAGGGUAGCAAAACAUUUCUGCAGCAUUGAAGGUCCCCAAGAACAUAGUGGCCGCCAUCAUUCUUAAAUGGAAGAAGUUUGGAACCACCAAGACUCUUCCUAGAGCUGGUCGCCCUGCCAAACUGAGCAAUCGGGGGAGAAGGGCCUUGGUCAGGGAGGUGACCAAGAACCCGAUGGUCACUCUGACAGAGCUCUAGAAUUCCUCUGUGGAGAUUGGAGAACCUUCCAGAAGGACAACCAUUUCUGCAGCACUCCACCAUUCAGGCCUUUAUGGUAGAGAGACCAGGCGGAAGAUACACCUCAGUAAAAGGUACAUGACGGCCCACAUGGAGUUUGCCAAAAGGCACCUAAAGACUCUCAGACCAUGAGAAACAAGAUUCUCUGGUCUGAUGAAACCAAGAUUGAACUCUUUGGCCUGAAUGCCAAGCGUCACGCCUGGAGGAAACCUGCCACCAUCCCUACGGUGAAGCAUGGUGGUGGCAGCAUCAUGCUGUGGGGAUGUUUUUCAGUGGUAGGGACUGGGAGACUAGUCAGGAUCGAGGCAAAGAUGAACAGAGCAAUGUACAGAGAGCUCCUUAAUGAAAACCUGCUCCAGAGCGCUCAGGACCUCAGUCUGGGGCGAAGGUUCACCUUCCAACAGGACUAUGACCCUAAGCACACAGCCAAGACAAUGCAGGAGUGGCUUCGGGACAAGUCUCUGAAUGUCCUUGAGUGGCCCAGCCAGAGCCCGGACUUGAACCCGAUCGAAUAUCUCUGGAGAGACCUGAAAAUAGCUUUGCAGCAACGCUCCCCAUCCAACCUGAGAGAGCUUGAGAGCUUGUAGCGUCAUACCCAAGAAGACUCAAGGCUGUAAUCGCUGCCAAAGGUGCUUCAACAAAUACUGAGUAAAGGGUCUGAAUACUUAUGUAAAUGUGAUAUUUCCGUUUUUUCUGUUUUAUACAUUUGCAAACAUUUCUAAAAACCUGUUUUUUCUUUGUCAUUAUGGGGUGUUGUGUGUAGAUUGAUGAGAAAAAAAUACAAUUUAAUAAAUGUUAGAAUAAGGGUAUAACCUAACAAAAUGUGGAAAAAGUCAAAGGGUCUGAAUACUUUCCAAAGGAACUGUAUUUGGUUAACUAUUUAACUAUCUGUAUUUACCCUUUUUUGCACUAUUUGUUUUUGACUCAUCACAUAUACGCUGCUGCUACUGUUUAUUAUCUGUCACUUUAUUCCUAGUUAUAUGUAAAUAUCUACCUCUUACCUUGUACCCCUGCACAUCGACUCGGUACUGGUACCCUGUGUAUAUAGCAAAGUUAUCGUUACUCACUCUGUAUUUAUUAUUAAUUUUAUUAUUACGUGUUUUACUUUUCUAUUAUUUCUCUAUUUUCUUUCUCUCUGCAUUGUUGGGAAGGGCCUGUAAGUAAGCAUUUCACUGUUGUUUACGAAGCAUGUGACAAAUACAAUUUGAUUUGUGUUGUGCAUAAAGGGUGUGACCAUUGAGCAAGCUGAGGAAGCUAAACUCCUAGGUAUAACAUUGGAUGGUCAAUUAUCAUGGUCAAGUCCUAUUGAUAAAGUUGUUGUGAAUAUGGGGAUGGGGUAUAUCUGUAAAAGAUCUUCUGCAUUUUUGACACAAAUCAACUGUACUAGUUGUUCAGGCUCUGGUCUUGUCCCAUCUUGAUUACUGUCUGGUAAUAUGGUCAAGUGUAGCAAAGAAAGAUCUAAAAAAGCUGCAGCUGGCUCAAAACAGAGCUGCACGUCUUGCCCUUAACUGCACAUACAGAACUAACAUCAACAACAUGCAUGCCAGUCUUUCCUAGUUGACGAGAGAUUAACUCCUUCUCUUCUAGUUUUUAUUAGAAAUAUUACUGUGAUCAAUUCCAGAUUGUCUGCAUAAUUAAAUAACAUACAGCUCAGAAACCCAUACAUACCCAACAACACAUGCCACCAGGGGUCUUUUCACAGUCCCCUAGUCCAAAAUGAAUUAACGGCAACGCACAGUAUUAUACAGAGCCAUGAUUGCAUGGAACUCCCUUCCAUCUCCAAUGACCCAAGCAAACAGCAACAUUACCAUUUCAAAAAUUGAUAAAACAACAUCUCAUUGCACAAUAGAGACUGUGAAAUGACACACAAACACACGCAUAUCAUUGUAUUUUAAAUUUGUGAAACUGUUCUUGUCUAUCAGUGUUUUGCUUUGUUACUUGUCGUGUUUAUGCUUUUGUGUGGACCCCAGGAAGAAUAGCUGCCGCUUCGGCAAAAGCUAAUGGGGAUCUGAAUAAACCAUUGGCAAAAUGUGGAAUAACAAAAAAUGAAUGGUAUGACAGGAGAUUACCAAUUACUGAUAUUACCUCAUUUUGUAUGAGGUUUUCGCAGCUGCACAAUUCUCUCUGGUUACCAAGCAGCUCUUAUCCUUAUAUAUUCUCAUCCAAGGAGAAAAUCGAGAUUACUAACAGACCUAUAUUUAAUUUUGUUUGUACUCGUUGUUGGAUUUCUGAAAAUAAAGUUUGAGUUAAAUGGUUCUUAAAGGAACAUACAGGUAAUAAUGGAAACGAGGGAUACAGGUGUGGUUCCUGAGUUAAUUAAGCAAUUAACAUCCCAUCAUGCUUAGGGUAAUGUAUAAAAAUGCUGGCCAGCCAUUUUGGCCAUUAUUUUGGCUACUAUGGCUAUGACCCCAUAGGAGGACAAUGCCCCCAUCCACAGGGCACGAGUGGUCAACAAAUGGCUUGAUGAGCAUGAAAAUGAUGUAAACCAUAUGCCAUGGCUGUUUUCAACAAAACACCAAAUUAUGGAAUUUCUUGUUCCAGACACUUGUAGAAUCUUUGCCAAGGUGCAUUGAAGCUGUUCUGGCUCGUGGUGGCCCAACGCCAUAUUAAGAUACUUUAUGUUGGUGUUUCCUUUAUUUUUGGCAGUUACCUAUACACCCAGUCAUCAUCACAACAUUGAAGAAAGGCAGUUUUUAUUGAUUGUAUGCUGUUAAUGCAUUUUUAUAUUGACAUUGUGCAUAUUUAAACAGUGGAUGCCAUAGAGUACAACUGCAAAUGUUGUGGUUCCUAUGAUAUGCAUUUUAGUAAUACUUUUCUGAUCUCUCAAGUAAUGUUCUUUGUAGAUCCGUAUAUCUAACUCCCCCUAUGCUUCCUCCUUUUCAGAUUCUCUGGGUGGCCCCUUCCCCACCACAUCCCACCGCUACCACCAUAAGCCCACCAAGCAAUGUCUGCCCAUCCUGCAGUGUGGGGGCAGCCUGUCCUCCUUUCCCCUGCUCUUCCACCCCAGUGCCAAGGGCUCCCAGAUCGUCAUGGACGUGGCCCAGAGGACCGUCAAGAGGCAGGCCAGCUUCUGCAACGCCAUCACCUUCAGCAACCGGUCCAUCGCCCUGUACGAGCAGGUCCGCCUCAAGGUAUGGAUAGACUGGGCAGUGGACCAUGGUUAUCAGCACACUUUCUUUCCUCCCUUUCUUUUAGCCUGUUUUCCAUAAUUAUUUUGUCUGUCUCUCUCACUCACUGUGCAUUUUACCUUCAUUAUUCCCCUGAUUCUGUGUGGGCCAAAAGAGCUUAGCCAAAGUUUCCACUUCACCUAUCAGACCAUCUAUGUCUCAAGUGAAAGAGCAGGGGAAGCAUUGCCAUGUGAGCCAUUGGCCUACUGUUAUCUUGAAUGGUGAAAGAAGUGUAAAUAGAGGUUUUAAAUGAGAUCCGACAAGAAUAUCCAUUCUGAUGAUAAACAGACAUACAGUAUAUGUUUAUUUGUGUUGUUGUUGUUUACCAUUUGGUUUGUCAAAGUUUUAACAAAUGGCCAACCAUAAUGUCUAUUGGUCAAUUUUAGGUUAACACGACUAAUGGAAUGGACUUUAGGUCAUUCACCAGCUUAACUCCCUUCAUCAAAAUGUAAAUGGUAUAUGUGAAACCAUUAUCUGUUCCCCUCCAGAUCACUAAGAAGCAGUGCUGCUGGAGCGGAGCCCUGCGUCUGGGCUUCACCUCCAAGGACCCGUCCCGCAUCAACCCAGACAACCUGCCCAAGUACGCCUGCCCAGACCUGGUCUCCCAGAACGGCUUCUGGGCCAAGGCCCUGCCCGAGGAGCUGUCCAAUGAGGGCAAUGUCAUCUCCUUCUGGGUGGACAAGAAGGGUCGGGUGUUUUACCGCACCAAUGGUUCCAGCCCCAUGCUGUUCUUCAGCGGGGUCCAUGCCUCCGAGCCACUCUGGGCUCUCAUAGACGUCUACGGCCUGACACGAGGUGUCCAGUUACUGGGUGAGUUUCACAGGGAGAAGGGAAAGUGUUAUGGCGGCUUAUGA